CGCCCUGGGCUCCCGCUACCCAAAAUAUGCCAACCAUUUUUCAUGUGCAAUAGGUUGUGGUGCCCGACUGUGGUCAACUUUCGUAGCCGCGCCGGACUAUCAUAGGUCCAUGUUGACCGAGAUCGUGAGCUGAGUUUUGUCGGGAGGAUGGCCAGGGUACCGCCGAGAGAAUACGAGAUCGAAACCGAUCUCUACGGCGUGAAUUAUCCGCAGUCAAAGGGUGCGAAAAGAAGAGGACCGUUCAAGCCCUCGGACGGAAGUUUCUCGGACACCAGCGACAACAGCAUCAUCCGCCAGGGUUCGGCGGAAUCAUACAACAGUCGACCCUCAGAGUCAGACAUCUCCUCCCAAGAUGAAGACAGGGAGGCACUACGGCGUGAGUCGGAGAAGCAAGCCCUCACGCAGUUAGAGAAAGCAAGGACAAAGCCAGUCGCCUUUGCAGUACGAACAAAUGUGGGAUAUGACCCUAUGGCCGAUGAUGACUCGCCUGUGCAAGGCAAGGCGGUCAGAUUUGAAGCCAGAGAUUUUUUACAUAUAAAAGAGAAAUACAACAACGAAUGGUGGAUCGGCCGGUUGGUGAAGGAAGGAUGUGACGUGGGGUUUAUACCAAGUCCUGUCAAACUAGAGAACAUUAGGUUACAGCAGUCUGCAGCACAAAACCGCUCUAGGAUAUACUCAAGCAAAGCAAGUGACAGAGAAUCAGCUUCUGAGUCAGGUCUGGACUCGGAGCAGAACGGCGUUGACCUUGGAGAGGACAGUGACUCCCUCAGUAACGUGCGGAGGUCAACCCAGAGUGUCACCACCCCAAGCCUCACAACCCCCACCAAGAAGGAGAAAAGACCUUUCUUUAAAAAGCAGGAUAAGCCAGAAAAAAAGGAUAAGGAAAAGGAAGCGGUGGAGAACAUUCCCCCUUAUGAAGUAGUGCCUUCCAUGAGACCUGUAGUAUUUGUUGGGCCUUCCCUAAAAGGAUAUGAGGUGACAGAUAUGAUGCAGAAAGCGUUGUUUGACUUCCUAAAGCAUAGGUUCGAAGGGAGAAUAGUAAUUACUCGAAUUACGGCAGAUGUAGCUAUGGCAAAACGAUCAAUAUUAAACAACCCCAGUAAACGUGCAAUAAUGGAACGAUCCAACAGUAGAUCACAGUCGAUAGCGGAAGUCCAGGCUGAGAUUGAGAGGAUAUUUGAGCUGGCGCGCUCCCUACAGCUGGUGGUUCUGGAUUGUGACACCAUCAACCAUCCCACCCAGCUGGCCAAGACAAGCCUGGCUCCGCUGGUCUGCUAUGUGAAAAUUGGCUCUCCCAAGGUGUUGACCAGGUUAAUUAAAUCCAGAGGGAAGUCACAGAGCAGACACUUGAAUGUGCAACUGGUGGCAGCAGACAAACUGGCGCAGUGUCCGCCUGAAAUGUUUGACGUAAUCUUGGACGAGAACCAACUCGACGAGGCUUGCGAACACUUGGCAGAAUACCUGGAGGCGUACUGGCGGGCGACUCACCCCCCGCUGCCCAAGCCCGACGUCCCCCCGGGCCCCCUCCCCACGGCCGAACUGGCGAGGAAAAUCCAAAACACGCCGCAGUCUCGCCAGGGUCCCGACCUCGUGCAUGACGACCGCUCGCCUCGCUCGCCGCGGAGAGGCCCUCCGCCUCACGACCUUCCGACUAGCCAUAGCCCCGAGUACAACGCAAACUCCCGGGUAGAUAGGACACACAUUGACAAUCAUCCCGAGCCACACCUCGACCGCCACGGCCACAGGGACCUCGGGGGCCACAGAGACAUGAGAGACCCGCGGAGAGAAGUCAGCCUGAGUAGAGAGAGACUUCCACACUCGCCUUCCCGCUCACACAACCGCUCGCCGGCGCGAAACCACCCCAUGCGAGAACCCCGCGAAAUCGCCACCUAGUCCAGAGCGGGCACUGGUAGUUCCCAGUAGUUUUGUUUCAUGUACCCAGCUCGGUAUGUCGGCUGGUAAAGGAAGAGUUUAUAUACAACAGGACUUCAUAACUUAUGGUCUGGAGAGAGAUAGAGGGAAGCGAUGUCAAAUACGACCAAACCGUUAUGUUUCUGGUAUUCAAACCUGGAGGAGUAGGCACCUAGGUUGCUCUGGAAAGUCAUGUUACCUUUUCAACAAGGCUGCAGGGUGACAUACACUGUUUGUUUUUCUUGGACAGGUAUCUCAGCAAAGAUGUUAACAGGCCACAAGUCUGUUAAUAAAGAGAAAAAACAUGGCUCCAAUUCUGGUAUGAGUAUGAGGGUUUGUCAGUACUGGAGUUUGGGAGCCAAGAUCAGAAAGGGCAAAGCUGAGGUCUCUGAUUUUCAUGGUGAAAGUAGACGUUACCAGUGCAGCAUCAGAAAUGAAUAAAAAAGAAACAGGCAUUUGCAUGAAAUCAAGAAUCCACAUAGCCGUGAACUUUGAGACAAGGUGAGGUAAAAAGCCAGGCAUGUACAUGUAGUAUCUACAUGAUUGUGUAAGGUGUGAGACAAUGGCCUUUUGAAACACUUGUACAGCUACAAUCAUGGUAUUACUUUGAAAUCAAAAUCAUGAGCCGUGUACAUGUGCUUUUGUUAUAAAAAAUAAACUAGUAACAGGAUAAAAUCCACACAGAUCUUAAUGUGUAGGAAAAUGCCUUUGUAGACCAGUUUUGUGUUCAGUAAAAACAAGAGCGCAAAUAGUGUUUUCUCUGAAAUACACCCUACAAAAGGCCUGAGAGUAUGAAUUGAUUCUUCGAGAGGUUACAUUGUAUGUACAUGUAAUAGUCCUUUGUUCAAUGGCAGAAUGUGUUGAGGAUUUCAAUUAACAGAAAAUUUGUGGAUUCGGAUUGAAAAAGUCUUCAUUGUACAUGUAUGUGUAAGAACAAGGCCUGCUCUUCAACACGUACUUUGGAACAAUAAUCUAACUGAAUGCAGAGGCUAAAAGUAACUGUUGCGGUCACAUGUUGAGUUUUGACACUGGUGUUACUACUUUCUAGGCCUGUCUAAGCACACUUCACAUUAAAUAGAUGCACAACGUACUGUGUACCAGCCAUGUGUGGUCUCUCUGUGCAAGGCAGAACUAAAUGAUGUAAAGAAAACUAAAUGACAAAAAAAUAUGCCUACAUGUUUAGUUCAGAGCGCCUAGGUUCACCUGCUCCUCCUGUCUACUUCUUAGCCAUAUUUAGAGGACAAAGGUGAAGGGGUAAACAGAACUACUAUGCUGUGCUUCCUGGGUUUGAACGUUUGUAUUUGAGUCAUUCUUUUGUUCUGGUCUACCUCGAUUCAGUUGAGGCUAAUGUACAUAUGAAAAAAAUGGGCAUUUCUUCCAAUUGUUGUGAAGCACCUUAGAAGAGGAAAAUGUUUUGUGAUAAACAUUGCACCUUCAAUGAACAUGACAAUUUGAGGGCUGGUGAGAUGUUGUUUUUCUUCUUUGUUUUGAAAUACCUAAAACUGUAUUAUAGGAGAUAUUUAUUUAAGGUAUUACUACAGGGGCAAUGUUACUCUUGAGGUGCACCACAUUAAACUGUAUCAAACGGCUCUGCCCCUUAGGUGUCGCCAAAAAAAUUUGAAGCGUGGUAGAGAUACCCAAGAAACUUUUACAUGCUGGUUGUGGACAUUUAUACCCAGAGUUCUGUAGGGAGGGUGAUGUAAGAUAUUGUCACUGCAUGCCCUCAGCAAAGUUCAUGUUCUCGACACUUUACAAAUUACAAAUAAAUGAGAAUGGCAUGCUUAUGAUUGUACAGAGUAGUCAUGACCAUUGAUGAAGUCAUAAUGAACAUUUGUACUCCCACGGUUGUUUUGAUUUCCUUUCAUAGAUAAUAAUAAUAACAUGGUGGGAUUGGAGAUGUGACAUGGGGAAUACAUACAGAGACAACAUAUAUUAAAAAAGGCUCCGCCCCUGAGGCGCUGCCAAAAAGCAAGCUAUGUUUGUUCACAAUAGCAAGAAUUCUGCUGCUAUACCAUAACCUGUGGCUUAACAGUUAUCCCAUGGGGUGUUUUCUUGUUUUUUUUUUCUUGGAAGUAUCAUGCCGCUGUGGUUUUUGCCUUUGAUUCCAAGUUUUGUAUGUCAAGCUUGUUAUUUAUGACGCUUAAACAUUGUUGAUAAGGAGAGGGAAUACAUAAUAUAUUUUAUUGUAAUUUUGUACUUUAGUGGUUAACAGAACGGUUAAGGGGUCAAGUGGUUGUGUUUUUGAAAUCAUGAUUUUUGCAGAAGUUGGCUGUAUAUACUAGAUAUGCAUAGUAUUGUGGUAUUUAAAUGCAAGGGGAAGAAAAGAUAUUAGGAUUUACAUUGUAGUGAAGUGGGAAAAUGUUUAAUAUGAGGUGAACUGUUUAAAAAAACUGGGCCUUAAUAUCGCCAAAGAAUCAUGGAGUUACGAUUUCUUUGUUACUGCCUUUGAGAGAAUUAAAGAAAAAGGCAAAUACUUAAGUUGGAUAUAGUAAUGAAACAACAGAAAUCAUGCUCAUAAGAAUUAUGUUAAAUUUCUCUGGAGAUUCUACCAAGUGUGGUAUUAAUAUAAGGAGAGUUUUUCUUGGUACAAACCUGUGAAUGUCUUAGUACAAAAAUUAGUGGAAGCAAAUAUAUUAGUGGUAAAGGCUCUCACUAUCAGUUGAAAGGAAUUUUAUGGUAUGCAUUUGCUUUAGCACAAAGAAGACAUAAUCUGCUUUAAAAAAAAUGUAACUGGAUUGUUUUUGAAUUACUCCUAAUGGCUGAUUAUCGGUAUAGUAGGUACCUUGCAUGGUAUAGCUGUAGGGUAAAUGGGGUAUCGGAAGAUCUUGAAACAAGAUUUGAGGUGGUACGUUGCGACUUCAUAGCUCCUAAGGGGUAUUAGUUAACUGUUUCCAAAAAAAUUGCAUGUGCGUCCUCGAAGGAGUUAAACAGUAACCACUUCAUAUGAACAUAUUAAAAAGAGAAUUAUCACACAGUAGUAUUUUGCUGGGGCUAGUUAAUAAGUGGUUAUGGCCUUGCCAUUAAUAACAAAUACCUGUAGUUAUUGAGAAUGGAUGUCACCGAACUUUUGUAACAACACUGUAUCAUGUACUGGUGGGUUGAAACAAUGUGAGCCUCGAAAAGCCCACGCCUCUUUUUCCUGCUAUCCUGUAUACAACCACGUUUUCCCAGAACUUACUACUGUAUUAUGAAUAUGUACAAUGAAUCGUCAACUGAGCACAGUAGGUCUCGACAAGAAAACAGCACAAUUUUGAACAGGUUACCAUGAUCUGCAAAGAAAAAACAUCCCCAAACCAACAGAUUGGUUUGAAUAACCCUGGUAUUGUAAUUUGAAGACAUCCUAGCUGUUUGGAGGCCUGCUAUGCCAGUUGAAACGAUAUGGACACUUUGCAAACUUUCCCGAGUCUCUGUGCACUUAAACCUAUAUCCACUCUCAGCUCUCUUGAAGAUCCACCUAUUUAACCAUGUCUUCUACUGUAUUUCCAAAAAUGGAAGGCAUUCUCUUUUCCUGGAUUUGUAAAUAAAUUUUCAACAGCA